AUGUCUGCCUCUUCAUCUUCUUCUCUAUUGGCCCCUUGCCGACGGAGGUACGACGUUUUCCCAAGCUUCAGGGGUGAAGACGUCCGUCCAAAAUUUCUCAGCCACUUGCUUGUUGAAUUUAAGCGCAAGGGAAUCAACAGUUUCGUAGAUGAUCAAAUUACAAAGACGGAGUCCAUCAGCCCUGAGCUUGUACAAGCUAUCAGAGCUUCAAGGAUUGGCAUCAUCAUCUUCACGAAGAACUACGCUUCUUCAAGUUGGUGCUUAGAUGAGUUGUUGGAGAUUAUGAAAUGCAAUAUUCUUACAGGUCUAAUGGUGAUGCCAAUUUUCUACGAAAUAAAUCCAUCUGAUAUAAGAAAUCAGAGUGGAGAUUUUGGGAACGCUUUCGAGAGAACUUGUGAGGUGAAAAGGAAAACAGAGGAGCAGAAGCAGAAAUGGAGGCAAGCUUUGACUGAUGCUGCCAACAAAGCCGGCGUGCAUUCACAAAAAUGUGACAACGAAGCUGCUAUGGUGUUAGAAAUUGCUACAAUUAUUACUAACAAGUUGAACUUCACACCUUCAAGGGAUUUCGUUCAUUUAGUUGGAAUGGAACCUCAUAUAGCAAAGAUAAUAUCUUUGUUAUGUAUGGAAUCCAAUGAGGUGAGGGUUGUAGGGAUUUGGGGCCCUGCAGGGAUUGGUAAAACAACAAUUGCUAGAGCAUUAUACGAUCGAGUUUCCAGCGAAUUUCAGCUUCGUGUUUUUAUGGAGAAUGUCAAGGGAAGCUAUAGCAGAAAUGAGCUUGACAGCUACAGCUCGAAGUUGCAGAAACAAGAACAUUUUCUUUCUGAAAUUUUCAACCUGAAGGAUUUGAGGAUACAUCAUUUAGGUGUGGCUGAGGAGAGGCUAAACUCCCAGAAAGUAUUUAUCGUUCUUGAUGAUGUUGAUAAACUAGAGCAACUAGAAGCUUUAGCAAAUGAACCACGAUGGUUUGGUGGUGGAAGUAGAAUUAUCGUGACCACUGAGGACAAAGACCUUUUUAAGAGACAUGGUAUCAUCCAUUUUUAUGAGGUAAAUUUUCCAUCUGCGUGUGAAGCUCUACAAAUUUUUUCUCAAUCUGCCUUCAAACAAAAGUCCCCUCCGGAAGGAUUCAUGGAGCUUGCAGUUGAAGUUACAAAAGUCACUAAUCAUCUUCCAUUAGGACUCUGUGUCUUAGGCUCAUCAUUGCGAGGCAAAAGCAAAAUUGAGUGGGCACAUGAACUACCUAGCCUAAGAGCCAGUAUUCAUGGUGACAUUGAGAAGAUAUUAAGAGUCGGCUACGAUAGCUUAAGUAAUGGUGACAAGUAUAAAACUACAUUUCUCCAUAUCGCAUGCUUAUUUGAUGGUGAAGGAGAGGAUCGGGUGAUACAGCUUCUUGAAAACAGCAUUCUUGACAUUAAAUAUCAACUUGGUGUCCUUGUCGAAAGAGCUCUUAUUUAUACAUCAAGUGACAGACGUAUCAUGAUGCACCGUUUACUGCGACAAAUGGGAAGAGAAUUAGUACGUAGACAAUCUGCUCAUGAGCCUGGGAAACGUCAAUUCCUUAUCGAUGCUCAGGAGAUCUAUGACGUUCUUGCUGAUGAAACUGGUACAGGAAGUGUUUUGGGCAUAUCGUUCAACAUGUCUGAAAUAAGCGAGUUGUUCUUGAGUGAGAGAGUCUUCACCGAAAUGAAAAACCUCCAUUUUCUAAGAUUUUAUAAACAACUUUUCGAUAAGGAGAGACUGCAUUUACGCGAAGGUUUGGAUUGCUUGCCCCUACCUCGUAAACUUAAGUUACUUCACUGGGAAGCAUGCCCUAUGAAACAGAUGUCAAAUGAGUUUCGUCCAGAAUGUCUCGUUGAGAUCAACAUGACAAGAAGCAAACUGAAGAAGCUCUGGGACAGAGUCUCAAUGCCUGAAAGUCUCAAAAAGAUUGAUUUAAGUUAUUCUACUAGCCUCGAAGAACUUCCUGACCUUUCAAAGGCAAUAAAUUUGGAGCAUAUAAAUUUGCAGUGUUGCAGAAGUUUGCUCAAGCUUCCUGACUCUAUCUGGAAACUACGUAAGUUGAGUUUCUUAGAUCUUCACUCUUGCAAGAAGUUAGAGCCUCUUCCAGCAAACUACUCGUUGGACUCUCUAAAAAUCCUCAAUGUUGGCUGCUGUUUGAAAUUUAUAAAUUUUCCAGAGAUUUCUAGUACAAUUGAAAAUCUCAAUGUGUCCUAUAACCCGAUACCGGCAGUGCCUCCAUCAAUUGAGGACUGGAAUUGUCUUCACACAUUGCAAAUGACUGGUUGUGGAAGCAUAACAGAAUUCCCACUUGUUCCUAGUACUGUCUCCGUCUUAGAUCUGGUAGCUACAGGAAUUAAAGAAGUUCCUCCAUGGAUCUCGGAUCUUUAUGGGCUCAGAAAAUUAACGAUGGCAUUCUGCACGGAGCUGCGAGAGAUAUCACCAAACAUUUGUGAGUUGGAACAACUCAAAUCACUUAAUUUUGAAGGCUGCUACAAUGUAAGAAAAUUCCCUGCAGAAAUUUUCCAGAGCUUUUGUACAUGGGAUGACUUGGAGUUAACAUUGAUCAACAUUGGCGAGAACAGUUUGCCAGUUGAUACAUCGGAGAAACCCCAGGAUUUCACAUUAAUCUUGUCUAUGUCUGAAAAUGACUUUGUCAGUAUUCCAGAUACCGUCGUACAGCAGGUGCAAUCCCUUUCCCUUAGAGACUGCAGAAAGCUUGUGUCAUUGCCAGAGCUUCCUGGCUCACUGUCGGAACUGCACGCAGAUAAUUGUGCGUCUCUUGAAAGAUUAUGCAAGUCUUCUCGCUCAUCUCAUGAUCCAAAGCUCAUUCUUCAGCUCAUCAACUGCUCAAAAUUGAAUCAAGAAGCACGUGAACUAGUCAUCGAGGAAUGGGCUUGCGGGUACGCACUCCUACCUGGUAGUGAAGUGCCCGACUACUUUACUCACCAAGCUAGAGGAAGUUCUCUAAUUAUCCAUGUAGACGAGAGGAAUUUGUAUGGAUCCUUGAGAUUCAAGGUUUGUGUCGUUCUCCCCCCGGGAGAAGAGCUCAGUGAUGUGCCUUUUCGUCGUUUCCAAAUAUCAUGUCGCGUAAAAGGAAAACAUUCCACUACUCUGUAUAAAUGGCCAACGAUACACGUGGAUGAAACAGAAGAUCGGCUUCUGGAGAACCAUCUGUUUAUACUCAACUCUUAUUACACGCUAGAGGAAGACAACAUCCCCGAGAGGGAGAUACUUUUUGAUUUCAGGUGCUUGGGGAGUAUAUUAUAUCCGGACAGCAUAUCCUCCAAUAUAUUGGGAUGUGGUGUACAACUCUUGGAACCUUGUUCCUGCAAAUAUGAUUCAAUGGCUCACCCUUUGUUAUCGACUCUACCGCUCGAGGAGGAAGAUGAAGGCAACAACAACAGCAAUAAAAGAGAGCGGCCAAGUAUUGCAAACGGACUAGAGAGGAAGAAAAAGAAUCUGAGAAUCAGCAACUGA